AUGUCAGUCCCUAUGGCAAUAGCAAUCUCUGGUCAACUUCUUCUUGGUCAGCCGGUAAUGGUUAAACCAUCAGAGGCUGAAAAGAAUCUUGUUCAAUCCACUACAUCUGCUGCUGGAGGAACAGGGGGGCUUACAGGUCCGUAUUCUGGGGGAGCCAGAAGGCUGUAUGUUGGCAAUCUGCAUUUCAAUAUCAAAGAAGACCAACUUCGUCAGGUUUUUGAAGCAUUUGGUACUGUGGAGCUUGUGCAGUUGCCUACUGAUCUUAUUACUGGGCAUUCCAAAGGUUAUGGUUUUAUUCAGUUUGCACGUCUUGAGGAUGCGAGAGCCGCACAGAGUUUAAAUGGAAAUCUGGAGAUAGCAGGCCAACUUAUCAAGGUAUCAGUUGUUACCGAUCAAUCUGGAAUGCAAGAUGUUGGUGCAAAUACUGGUGACUUUGAUGAUGAUGAGGGUGGUGGCUUGUCUCUGAAUGCACACUCUCGAACACUUCUGAUGCACAAGUUGGACCGUAGUGGAGCUGCUACGAGCAUUUCUGGUUCAUUGGGCACUCCUGUUGCUAACAGUCCUGGCCUUCCCCUGCCCACAGCACCAAUUAUUGGUGCCACACCUGCAGUGCCUCCUCUUGUGCAAGCUCCUGUUCCUAUGGUUGCAGGAUUGCCCGGUACAGGUCUUGCAAUGCCUCCUGUAACUGUUCCUUCUGUCGCUAUCAUUGGGGUCCCAAGCGAAUGUUUAUUGUUGAAGAACAUGUUUGAUCCAAAAUUAGAGAUGGAACCAGAUUUUGACAUGGAUAUUAAAGAUGAUGUUAAGGAUGAAUGUUCUAAGUUUGGGACACUAAAGCAUAUUUAUGUGGAAAAGAAUAGUGCUGGAUUUGUAUACUUGCGAUUUGAAAAUACGCAAUCUUCCAUAAAUGCACAACGUGCCCUCCAUGGGAGAUGGUUUGCUGGCAAGAUGAUCACUGCAACCUUCAUGUGCUUGGACCAGAACUCAGUACAAUGGUCUGCUCCUGGUUUCGGAAAUCAUGUACUACAUUCCAGGAAAUGUAGGACUACAGUCGCGCUUCUCCAUUCGGUUCAUGGUUACGCCUGUCAAAAUCCUGCUUGGCUCAAGACUCGAGUUGCCUUUGAGGCAACCGCAGCUGGUAAAGCCUUUGGAGUUUGGAGGCCUUUCUUGGACACAGGCGUGUCUUCAUCAGAAUGGCAAGUUAUGAUUGGUUCUCAAGAUAUUGUGCUUGCGUCUACUGGGGUUCUCUUUUCUUCAUUCAGAACUGGGCCAGUUGGCCGAAGGGCUCAAAAGAACCAAUUACCAACCAAAGCCCACUACCUAUUUGGCAUUUCUCAGAUUUUCAGCAAAAUGACUCAAGACGUUGAGAUGAAAGAACAGCGGCCUGCUCCUUCAAACUCUGUUACAUCCACUGGUCCCUCGACUAUGCAGCAUUUGAAGGAGAUUGCAUCUCUUAUCGAGACUGGUUCGUAUGCGCGCGAGGUUCGUCGGAUUGUGCGCGCAGUUCGAUUAACCAUUGCAUUAAGGCGGAAGCUGAAGGCUUCCGUGAUUUCUGCAUUCCUGAAUUUUGCCCUUGUACCUGGAUCCGAUGUGCACAGUCGCUUAUCAUCGUAUCUUCCAAAGGAAGAUGAGCAUGAUAUGGAAGUUGAUACCGCCUCAUCUACAAUGCAAGCAACUGUGAAACACUCUUUGCUAGAGCUCGAGAUUUAUUGCUACUUGCUUGUGCUAAUAUUUCUUAUUGAUCAGAAGAGAUACACUGAGGCUAAAGCUUGUUCAUCUGCAAGCAUUGCCCGUCUGAAGAGCUUGAAUAGGCGGACUGUUGAUGUUCUAGCAUCCAGGCUCUAUUUCUACUACUCCCUUAGCUAUGAAGCGACUGGCAAUCUUGCUGAAAUUCGGGGUAACCUUCUUGCAUUACACCGGAUUGCAACAUUGCGACAUGAUGAGUUGGGGCAGGAAACACUUCUCAACCUGCUGCUUCGGAAUUACCUCCACUACAAUUUAUAUGAUCAGGCAGAGAAGCUGAGGUCAAAGGCACCUCGUUUUGAAGCUCACUCAAAUCACCAAUUCUGCCGGUACCUCUUUUACCUUGGAAAGAUUAGGACAAUUCAGUUGGAGUAUACAGAUGCAAGAGAGUCCCUCCUCCAAGCUGCUCGGAAAGCCCCUGUUGCAGCUCUUGGGUUCCGGAUUCAAUGCAAUAAGUGGGCUGUGAUAGUCCGCCUACUGCUAGGAGAGAUCCCUGAGAGGACUGUUUUUAUGCAGAAAGGCAUGGAGAAGGCUUUGAGGCCAUAUUUUGAGCUUACAAAUGCUGUUCGAAUUGGAGAUUUAGAGCUGUUCAGAAACGUUGCUGAGAAGUUUUCGAGCACUUUCAAAUCGGAUGGGACCCACAACUUGAUUGUUAGGCUGCGGCAUAAUGUCAUAAGAACUGGGCUCCGAAACAUCAGUAUCUCAUAUUCCCGCAUCUCAUUGGUUGAUGUAGCCAAGAAGCUGAGAUUGGACUCUGCAAACCCUGUUGCUGAUGCUGAGAGUAUCGUAGCCAAGGCAAUCCGUGAUGGUGCAGUGGAUGCAAUGUUGGAUCAUGCAAAUGGGUGGAUGGUAUCGAAGGAGACUGGGGAUAUUUACUCGACAAAUGAACCUCAAAUUGCAUUCAACUCAAGGAUUGCUUUCUGCCUCAAUAUGCACAAUGAAGCAGUGCGUGCUCUUCGAUUUCCACCAAAUUCUCACAAGGAGAAAGAAAGUGCUGAGAAGAGGAGAGAGAGACAACAGCAGGAGCAAGAGCUUGCCAAACAUAUAGCUGAGGAGGACGACGAUGAUUUCUAA